UUAUACCAAGUGUUGAUAAAGUGAACAAAAAAAAAUUGUAUAUGUAGUAGGUACUUAGUAUUAAAUAGAAACAGUUAUAAUCGUACGGAAAAUGUCACAUAAUUACGUAAGCGUGUGGAUACCUAUCAUGUCAUAUCCAUCAUUUAUAUUUACUUCGGUAUAACCUCAAAAGAGAGUCGCAUGCAAGUGGACAAUCUGUGUAAAAAUAUAUACACGUAGUAUAAGAUAUGAUCGUUUUGAUAAAUGUUUCGUAAUUUUAACGUGCACGAAUUAUUGGUACUAAGAUGAAUCCUCCAAUUAUCGAGCUAAAGGACGUGAAGUCAAAAGCCGAUGCUACCAUAUACUUAACUCAACAGUGUCUUGGUGUUGGACUAGAAGCAACUUUGUAUUCCUACAUUUUCGGUGUUAUAAGUAUUCCACUGGUUCUUCGUAGAUGGGGAUCUCACAUUAAGUUCAUGAGAGAGUAUCAAGUGUUAUUUGGUGCAACUAGUAUGAUGGUUGUUUCUUACUUUAUUGGAACAACUACUAAAGCCAAGUGUGAGGAAAGAGUGAAGAAAGAGCUUCACAGCUUGGUAUCAGAAAAGUGAUAUAACAUUGUGUAAAAAUGAAUCAGAUAUUUAAAAGACUUUUGCCACUUGCUAAAAGUGGCUUGCUUUUCAGAAACCGAAUUAUGCAUAGAAAAACAUGGUUUGUGAGCUCACGGUUUAGGUAUGAAGAUGCUUUCUUUACAGUAGAAGAUGAAAGAGAGGUUCUCAAUCAAGAAUACUACGACAUAGCAAACGAGUACCUUGGCACUGCAACUAAAGGUCACAGAACAUUUGUUAUUCAGCCUUUUAUCAGGUGUGGAAAAAAUUUAAAAACAAUCACUAACAACGAACUGCAAUUAGCCGAAGCUGUUGCACUAGUUCAAACCUUGCCUUAUUGGACAGUUGUAGAUAAAAUGUGCAUUGGUAUGCCAAAUUUGGACAGAAAGGAGCUAAUGGGCAGUGGAAAGCUUGAAGAAGUUAAAACGAGAAUCAAAUGUGGACGAAACAUCACUGCAGUAUUUAUCAGUACAACUACUUUAAGGCAUGACCAGCUUUUGCAACUUGAAAAGAUAUUUGGUUUGCCGAUCUAUGAUAGGUACUCAUUAGUUAUACACAUAUUCAGGAGCCAUGCUAAAAGUCCUGAAGCUAAGCUCCAAGUAGCCCUUGCAGAGAUUCCUUAUAUAUACAAAAAAAUGAGUGAAUUGGAAUCAGGACGAAUAAAUUUGUUGGAAAAGCGCAGAUUAUAUCUACAUGCUCGUGAAUCACAACUAAAAGCAGCAUUAAAAAAACUCAAACAAAAUAGAGAAGCUGUACGUACUAAAAGAAAAAAAUUUGGUUUUGCUACUGUUGCCAUUGUUGGUUAUACCAAUGCUGGAAAAACUUCUUUAAUCAAAGCCUUGACAAAUGAUGAAAAAUUAGAGCCAAAAAAUUAUUUGUUCGCAACACUUGAUACUACCGCACACGAAGGACUUUUACCUUGUAAAAUGAAGGUCCUCUAUAUCGACACUAUUGGCUUCAUUCAAGAUGUUCCAGAAAGGUUGAUAGAGCCGUUUGUGGCAACACUGGAAGAUGCAUUAGUAGCUGAUCUCAUUGUGCACGUGUAUGAUGCUAGCCAUCCGGAUAAAACGGCUCAAAUCGAGCACGUUCGUAAAACGGUAAAGUCACUGAUCGAAGGUGAUAAACCAAUCAUUGAAGUUGCCAAUAAAUGCGACCUGAUUCCGCCCGAAGAAAUCCCCGAGGACGUUUUGAGUAUUUCCUCGACAAAACUCACAGGUAUAGAUUUGCUACAGCAUAGAAUACAGAAGCAUAUAUUAUCGGAGACGGGUCGUUCGAUAAUACGUAUGAGGGUAGAGUCCGGUAGCGAGACUUCCGCGUGGCUGUACAAGGAAACGACGGUGAUACAGGCGAACCCCGAUCCCGAAGAUCUGCAGUUCAUGCUCCUCGACGUCGUCGUGACUGAUGAUAUAUUGCAUCGAUUUCGUCGCUUCUUGAAGCAAUGAGAGAAUCAAGAACCAAAGAGAUUAAACGAGAGAGAGCACAAG